CGCGGGAAGUCGGUUUCCGCAAGCGCCGUUCUAGGGUUCACCCCGCGCUCUCUGGGGUCUCUGCAGAAGCAGCCAGCCACAGCUUGCUAGGGGGUUUAGUCCUCCGGGCCACAGCUGCAUCACCUCACCACGGGAACAGCCACCAUCCAGCUCCGGUCUACUGGACGGAAGAGGGCGUAUGCAAACAACCUGGAGUUACAAUCUCCUGAUUGGCGGACCAGUGGUGCUGGGAAAGCGAAGGGAGAGUGGCCAACGGCAACGGCGACGAGGCGAGGCGGCUGGAAUCUCUGCAACGCUGCCUGGGGAAACAGUGUGGGGGCGGGCAGUCAUGACGGACAUGCACAGCGGCCAGUGAUCUUGAGAAAGCGCCGGUCGGUCAGAGGCCUCCUCCCCUCUGUGCUCUCCGGGCUGGCGCCGUGGGCAUGCGGGUGCGGCCUGAGCGCGCGUGAGCGAGGAUGGGGACGCAGGGCAGCCCGGUCAAGAGCUACGACUACCUGCUCAAGUUCCUGCUGGUGGGAGACAGCGAUGUGGGCAAGGGAGAGAUCCUGGAGAGCCUGCAGGACGGCGCGGCCGAAUCCCCAUACGCCUACAGCAACGGGAUCGACUACAAGACGACCACCAUCCUGCUGGACGGCCGGCGGGUCAAGCUGGAGCUCUGGGACACAUCGGGCCAAGGCAGGUUCUGCACCAUCUUCAGGUCCUACUCCAGGGGUGCACAGGGGAUCCUCCUGGUGUAUGACAUCACCAACCGCUGGUCCUUUGAUGGCAUUGACCGGUGGAUCAAAGAGAUUGAUGAGCAUGCACCUGGGGUACCCCGGAUCCUGGUUGGGAACCGGCUGCACCUGGCCUUCAAGCGGCAAGUUCCAACAGAGCAGGCACGUGCCUACGCAGAGAAGAACUGCAUGACCUUCUUCGAGGUCAGCCCGUUGUGCAACUUCAAUGUCACCGAGUCCUUCACUGAGCUGUCCCGUAUCGUGCUCAUGCGGCAUGGCAUGGAGAAGAUCUGGAGGCCCAACCGAGUGUUCAGCCUGCAGGACCUCUGUUGCCGCGCCAUUGUCUCCUGCACCCCUGUGCACCUCAUCGACAAGCUCCCGCUGCCCGUCACCAUCAAGAGCCACCUCAAGUCCUUCUCAAUGGCCAAUGGCAUGAACGCCGUCAUGAUGCAUGGGCGCUCCUACUCGCUGGCCAGUGGGGCAGGGGGUGGCAGCAGCAAGGGCAACAGCCUCAAGAGGUCUAAGUCUAUCCGCCCCCCUCAGAGUCCCCCCCAGAACUGCUCCAGGAGCAACUGCAAGAUCUCCUAGCAGGGCAGACAGAUGCUGCCCAUCUGGACAUGCUCGGGGAGCGAGGUCACAGGCUUGGGGAAGCUCCUUGCUGAGUGCUGGGACAGCACCGUGUGCAGGGAAGACUCCUGCCACACGACCGCUCCUGGGAGUGUAGGGCACACCUAGUAGGCAGGUGGUCUUGGCCAGACAGGCCCAUAGGACAGCAGAGGCCGAGCUCGGAAACAAGCCCAAGUCCCCACAUGCUCUACAGGUCCCACCUCAAGGUCCUGCGGGCCUUACUCACUUUCUUAUUUAUAUAGAAGAUAUUUCACCACUUUUAUACCUUUUUAAAGGGCCAACAGGGAAGCCUUAAUGCAGCCACGGGGUGAGCUCAUGUUUGCUUGUGGGCAUGAACUUGGGGACAUAUGAGAUGGUGGGACUGGAGGCAAAGGUGGGAGGAAGGAAUCUGCUGUCACAUACACUUCACUUGGGGUGUGGGCUAUGUAGGGGCCAGUGGGGACACAUGGAGCUUUGGGCAACAAUCUUGGACCCUGCUACCUGUGCCGGCCUCUGAGCAUGGCGGCUAGUGUGCUUACCACACAGUACCAGGCAGAGGUGCAGGUGUGGGCUCAGCAGUCUGCACAGUGGGGCUGCAGCUUCCUGGGUGACGUCCUGGAGUGUAGCGGAGCCAUGGAUUCCAAGCAGAGUGUCAGUGUUUCUGGGAGAGCAGAAGUGGGGUGUACCCCACAUCCCUCUCUGUGUGAAGAGAUGCAGAGCUGUCUGUAGAUGAUAAACACUCGAGGGGCUGCCAGGCCCUGCAGGUUCGGACCGACUCACAGCUCGCUUGCUUCCCGGGCCGCCCAGGCUCACCAGCUUCUGUUCCCUGACCUUGGGUGUCACCCCAUAACCUGCUCCUCGCCCAGGAUUGCCCCUCCUUGAGGUCAUAUGUCACCAGAACCAUUCUGACCCAGUUCUUAGGCCCCUUGGAGCAGUGGAAGCAGGGGACCCUCUUCUGACCCGGCAGCCAGCCCUGAGCUGGGGGCCUGGCCUCCUUCUGCCUGCCUGGCUCAUGACAUGGCUGCUGGUCACUGGUGCUCAACUCUACCUCCUGCUGGACUCUCCCUGGGCCUGAGACGCCCUCACCGUGGGACUCCUCUGCAGUGGGUGCCCUGGGGGAGCCCUCCCCUGCUGUUCCCUCCCCCGGGAGGCAAGUUGGGCAGGGGCUGUGGCCCACAUGAGCAGGGGUGCCUGGGGACCCUGACCGAGACCUGGCCACCAGCAGGGUCAGGCAGAGGAGCUCCGCCUGUCCUGUGCUGCCAGUGGAGCUCCUUCUGUGGACUUUGAACCAAAUAACCUGGACUUUAUUUUGAGGGUGUGGACGGUCCUGCGUUCACCACAUAAACACUACCCUUUGCUGCUGACACUGGCACCAUUCCUGAGCUCAUUUGGGACUUUUUUUUUCUUUGUACAGUAAAUGUAACUCAGCUCUGACCUCCAGGCUACAUUUUAUGUGAAUUAAAGUCUCUGGUUUUAUCUGG